AUGGCAAGACUCCUCUUUCCGCAUCUAAUCGCUUUCACGACCGCUUUUAUUACUCUUCGAUUCAUUUUCUCUCAAUCAAAGGCACAAGCGACCAAGGUGGAUGAGAAUAAAAGUCCUUAUUUCGAGGGAGAAUGGGCUAUCCCAACAUUGGAGCCAGGAUUCGAGGCAGAAUAUCGACAGUAUCUACAUUAUCUCGAUAAGGGGCCCCCCGAUUUCAGGAGCGAGUAUGGCAUGAGACCUGGAGCCAAGGUGAAAGGCUGGCCAUCAAAAGGCGGCAUUUAUAUCCUUUACCCUUGCCUCGGCUUUGAACUCAGCUUCCUAGGACUGGACCGAUUUCGCAGUAUACCUCGGCCAUCUCUAUCUGAGCCCAAUGCCACCGCUGAAGAAGACGCACACUGCGAUAAGAUGCGGCAGCUGGGUGCCCAGUGGUGGAAGACUGAGGCCGACUAUAGAGCAUAUAGGUAUCAGCCACACUACAUGGAAGUGAUUGCUGGCUGGCCAGCGGGAGGCGGAGUAUGGGUUUUCAAGACAUCAGAUACGAAAGCUAGAGUAAGAGGUGCCGCCAUCAUUCACAAUGCUUUUAAUAUGGAAGAACGGUGCAAGGCGAUUGAGCAGUUAGGAGGAGUCUUUUUUGAGAAUCCAAAAGACUGUCCAGAUUUAGAUCUACCCUGA